UCCUGCUUAUAAAAUGAAAGCAAACUAUGCUGUGAUAUUGUGUUUUGUUUUCCUGUUUUAAAUGUAUUUCGUUAAAUCUUCCUGCAUAUAAAAUGAAAGCAACAUAUGCUGUGAUAUUGUAUUUUGUUCAUGUAGCAGCCUUUGAUGAUGGUUGCUCUGGUGAGGAUUUUGGUAGAGCCGUAGAGAACGCCGUUGUAUCGUGCACUAGCAACAUAUCUUGUGAUGCUAAGUGUUACCGCGGUUACAUAUUCCCUACUGGGUCCAGGGAGGAAUCGUAUAACUGUCAGAAUGCAGUAUGGACGCCUUUAUUAUUAGCAUGUAAACGCUUCCCUGUAGUGUAUGUCACGUAUGCAGCCAUCUGGGAAAUGAAAGACGUCUUACCAAUAUUAUGUGACAAUGUAUUGAUACGACUGAAAGAAUCCACAGAUAAGCUUGAAGAGAAAUUUACCAACUUCUGCAAUGAUUUGUUUAUCAACACAAUGGUGAAAUUAACAUAUUCAAUACGUACUUUUCAGGUAUCAGUAAACCUAAAAGCAGAAUACCAACAUUUUUUUAACUGGAAAAGUCUUGAUACAUGCAUUUCCAUAACAACGCUAUCAAAUUCAUUGAACCAAACCUUGGCUGAUAUGUUUAAAGGAGUAACUUGCAAUGAUUCGACACUAAACUCUUCGAUUCUUAAAUCACUCUUCAUCCAUGAUAGAUACGAGAACUGUUCUACUGGCAAAGUCAUUUACAACGUGACAAAGGAUGCUGAAGGACAAAAUGAACUUUAUUGUGAUUUCGAAAUAACUGGGUCAACUCCACACAUGACUACAACCGUAUCAACAAUAGUGACAACUAUCCUGGGAAAUUUUACAUCUGAAACAGAUGCAAAGUUAAAUGUAACCUACGGCUAUUCAAACACAAUGACACCUACCACAUUUAAAGUGCAAUUUUCUGAGAGUGGUCUAGAGUCCAUCUCCAAAAUUUAUAUUGCUGCAGCUGCCGGAGGAGUGUCUUUAAUUCUUAUCAUCGUAGUGGUUUGCAUUAAGAUGAGGCUUUCGUCAUCAAAAAGACCUGAAAAACUAGAAAUGCCAGACAGAAUAAAAAGCCAAGACAUGCAUUCUGGUUUUAAAGGAGAACUUAUUGAAAACGAACUUUACCAAAGCGCCGAUAACGUUAUAGACUGUAAGAACAAUAUGGAUACUGUUUGUGAUAUUUUAGAAGAUUCCAAUACAGCUCUGAAGUACCCGUCAAAGUGAACAAAGCAAUUCAAAACCAAAACUACGCAAAAAAACUUUAAAGACAAAAACAGCAAUCUUCGAUUAGAAAGAAAGCAAGAUAUGUCAGUACAAAAUCGUGACCAUGACUUUUUUCAUGUGCAAAUUAUUUUAAGAGAAGAUACACCUGUUACAUGUACGUGCAAGAUUAUUGCAUUUUAAAUUUUCAUGUCUUAGAGAUAGCACCAAAGCAAUUCCUUUGUAUAUAAAUGUAUGAACGAUUAUUUAAAAUUAAGAAUUAAAACUGUUGGAACCUUGUUUUGCCACUUUUCUUCUAAAAUGCAAACCAGUUCCUAUUUUGUUUCUGCUUGAUUUAUUAAACAAAUUCGUAAAAAUCUGA